GGCGCCCGGGACAACGGCCGCUGUCGCUGGCCUGGAGUGUCCGGGGCGCCUUGGUCUCCUUCAGUCAAGCGGAGGAUGCCGGUGCGACACCCAGAGACGGGGGUGUUGCGGGGUCGAAGCCUAGACCGCGGGAGGCUGAGCCGCAACCUGAAGUGAACUCUGAGGCUGCCAUAGCGGCCAUAGCGGGGUGCCGCGCGGGAACCAUUAGCCACAGGAGCAGCAGGUUUCAGCAGGCCUGGCGUCCAAGCUUCCUGAAGGUGCAGUGGGGAAUUAGGGACGUGGCGUGAUGAGGAGCCGGAGUAACUCGGGGGUCCGCCUGGACGGCUAUGCUCGGCUGGUGCAUCAGACCAUCCUGUGCCAUCAGAAUCCAGUGACAGGUUUGCUUCCAGCCAGCUAUGAUCAGAAAGAUGCCUGGGUCCGAGAUAAUGUGUACAGCAUCCUGGCUGUGUGGGGUUUGGGCCUGGCAUAUCGCAAAAAUGCAGACCGUGAUGAGGACAAGGCAAAGGCCUAUGAACUGGAGCAGAGUGUAGUGAAGUUAAUGAGGGGACUGCUAAACUGCAUGAUGAGACAGGUGGAUAAAGUAGAGUCCUUCAAGUACAGUCAGAGUACUAAAGAUAGCCUCCAUGCCAAGUACAACACCAAAACUUGUGCCACUGUAGUGGGUGAUGACCAGUGGGGACACCUGCAGUUGGAUGCUACUUCUGUGUACUUGCUCUUCCUAGCACAAAUGACUGCCUCAGGACUCCAUAUCAUCCAUAGCCUAGAUGAAGUCAAUUUUAUACAGAACCUUGUGUUUUACAUUGAAGCUGCAUAUAAAACUGCUGACUUUGGGAUAUGGGAACGUGGAGAUAAGACCAACCAAGGAAUCUCAGAAUUGAAUGCGAGUUCAGUUGGAAUGGCCAAGGCAGCCCUGGAAGCACUAGAUGAAUUAGACUUGUUUGGUGUGAAAGGUGGGCCGCAAUCAGUUAUCCAUGUCCUGGCUGAUGAAGUACAACACUGCCAGUCGAUUCUGAAUUCACUACUGCCCAGGGCUUCAACAUCCAAAGAAGUUGAUGCCAGUCUGCUCUCAGUGGUCUCUUUCCCAGCCUUUGCUGUAGAGGACAGCCAUUUGGUGGAACUCACCAAACAGGAGAUCAUCACCAAGCUUCAGGGUCGUUAUGGUUGCUGUCGUUUUCUGCGAGAUGGAUAUAAAACUCCUAAAGAGGAUCCCAAUCGCCUAUAUUAUGAACCAGCUGAGCUGAAGCUAUUUGAAAACAUUGAAUGUGAAUGGCCAUUGUUCUGGACAUACUUUAUCCUUGAUGGGAUCUUCAGUGGCAACAUGGAACAGGUUCAAGAAUAUAGAGAGGCUCUUGAUGGGGUCCUCAUCAAGGGCAAAAAUGGAGUCCCGCUUCUUCCAGAGCUGUACAGUGUUCCUCCUGACAGGGUUGAUGAAGAAUAUCAAAAUCCUCACACUGUGGAUCGAGUCCCCAUGGGAAAAUUGCCUCACAUGUGGGGUCAGUCUCUAUACAUUUUAGGAAGCUUGAUGGCAGAGGGAUUUUUAGCUCCUGGAGAAAUUGAUCCCCUGAAUCGUAGGUUUUCUACUGUGCCAAAGCCAGAUGUGGUGGUUCAAGUCUCCAUUCUGGCUGAAACAGAAGAAAUCAAGGCCAUUUUGAAGGACAAAGGAAUCGAUGUGGAGACCAUCGCUGAAGUGUACCCCAUAAGAAUACAGCCAGCUCGUAUUCUUAGCCACAUUUAUUCCAGUCUAGGAUGCAACAGUAGAAUGAAACUCAGUGGACGACCCUACAGGCUCAUGGGUGUGCUUGGAACAUCAAAACUUUAUGACAUUCGGAAAACUAUCUUUACUUUCACUCCACAGUUUAUAGACCAGCAACAGUUCUACCUGGCUCUGGACAACCAGAUGAUAGUAGAAAUGCUCAGAACAGAUCUCUCCUACCUCUGUAGCCGUUGGAGGAUGACAGGCCAGCCCACUAUCACUUUCCCUGUGUCACACACCAUGCUUGAUGAAGAUGGAACCAGCUUGAAUCCAAGUAUCCUGGCAGCACUCCGAAAAAUGCAGGAUGGCUAUUUUGGUGGGGCCAGGAUCCAAACAGGUAAAUUGUCAGAGUUUUUGACAACGUCUUGCUGCACACACUUAAGCUUCAUGGACCCUGGACCUGAGGGUAAGCUGUACAGUGAAGAUUAUGAUGAAGACUAUGAUGAUGAGCUGGAUUCUGGCAACUGGAUGGAUAGCUAUAAUUCAACAAGUAAUGCUCGCUGUGGUGAUGAAGUUGCCCGUUAUUUAGACCGCCUUUUGGCACACACUGUUCCCCAUCCUAAACUAGCUCCUACAUCACGGAAGGGAGGGAUAGAUCGGUUCCGAGCUGCUGUGCAAACAACUUGCGACUUAAUGUCCUUGGUGGCCAAGGCCAAGGAGCUGCAUAUACAGAAUGUUCACAUGUAUCUUCCUACAAAGUUAUUUCAGCCUUCUCGCCCUUCACUCAACUUACUUGACUCACCGUCUCCACAAGAUAGCCAGGUUCCUUCUGUUCGAGUAGAAGUACAUCUUCCUAGGGACCAGUCUGGGGAAGUGGACUUCCAGUCAUUGGUUUCACAGUUGAAGGAGACCUCAAGCUUACAGGAACAAGCUGAUAUACUCUACAUGCUGUAUACAAUGAAAGGACCUGACUGGAACACUGAAUUGUAUGAAGAAGGGGGUGCUACUGUCAGAGAGCUUCUUAGUGAACUAUAUGUCAAAGUUGGUGAAAUUCGGCACUGGGGUCUGAUACGAUACAUCUCUGGGAUCUUAAGGAAGAAGGUGGAGGCACUUGAUGAGGCCUGCACAGACCUUCUGUCCUACCAGAAACACCUGACAGUAGGACUUCCUCCAGAACCUCGAGAGAAGACCAUCUCUGCGCCUCUACCGUAUGAGGCACUCACUAAGCUGAUAGAUGAAGCCAGUGAAGGAGACAUGAGCGUCUCAACCCUUACACAGGAAAUAAUGGUCUAUCUUGCCAUGUAUAUGAGAACUCAGCCUGGCCUCUUUGCAGAAAUGUUCCGACUUCGAAUUGGUUUGAUCAUACAAGUUAUGGCAACAGAACUGGCCCACUCUCUUCGAUGCUCGGCUGAAGAAGCCACAGAGGGCCUGAUGAAUCUCAGUCCUUCAGCCAUGAAGAACCUCCUGCAUCACAUUCUCAGUGGCAAAGAGUUUGGAGUGGAACGAAGCGUUCGUCCCACUGAUUCAAAUGUGAGUCCUGCUAUUUCCAUCCAUGAGAUUGGUGCUGUUGGAGCAACAAAAACAGAACGAACUGGAAUCAUGCAGUUAAAAAGUGAGAUAAAACAGGUGGAAUUCCGUAGGCUGUCUGUCUCAACUGAGAGUCAGGCGGAAUUUCGUAGACUGUCUGUCUCAGCUGAGAGUCAGACUAGUGGUGGUCAUCACUCAGGUAUAGAUUUGAUGUCACCGUCCUUUCUGUCCCCUACAGCCAGCGUUGCUGCAAGUAGUGGAUCCUUUCCUAUGGUGUGUGAUCAGCAGACAUCUAAAGAUAGUCGUCAAGGCCAAUGGCAACGCAGGAGAAGACUGGAUGGAGCAUUAAAUAGAGUACCAAUUGGAUUUUAUCAAAAAGUAUGGAAAAUUUUGCAGAAAUGUCAUGGGCUUUCUGUGGAAGGUUUUGUUCUUCCCUCUUCAACCACUAGGGAGAUGACCCCAGGCGAGAUUAAAUUCUCUGUCCAUGUGGAGUCUGUCCUGAAUCGGGUACCUCAGCCAGAGUACCGGCAACUUCUGGUUGAAGCCAUUCUUGUUCUCACCAUGCUGGCAGAUAUUGAAAUUCAUAGCAUUGGGAGCAUCAUUGCUGUGGAAAAAAUAGUUCAUAUUGCCAAUGACUUGUUCCUUCAAGAACAGAAAACUCUCGGCGCAGAUGAUACCAUGUUGGCAAAGGAUCCUGCAUCUGGCAUCUGUACUCUUCUGUAUGACAGUGCACCCAGUGGCAGAUUUGGCACCAUGACCUACCUCUCCAAGGCAGCUGCCACCUACGUGCAGGAGUUCCUGCCACACAGCCUCUGUGCCAUGCAGUGAUGGCUGUGGGUUCUGGCUGCUAGACUACUUCAGUAUCUAGCUCGUCUGCUUGAUUGUGCAUGGAACUGACAUGUUACCACCUAAUCACUCCCCCAUUCCCCCUUCCUGCCCCAUCCCUCCCAAGAAGAGAUAAUUUGGCUGAUAAUCUCACUACUUUUGAAGAAAGAACCCUUAUCUGGAGACUUGCCUCCAGAGUGAAGGUUCAACAGGGCCUGCAAUCACUAUCCCUACUUCUUUUAUGAUUCAUAAAAGUCUGCAUGUGUUUUUAUUCUGUAGAGCUGUUACUGGCUUAGUUUUUUUAACUCCUAUUGGGGAGCAGGUAUUAAUAACUUAUUCUUGUAAGUUGGUUUUCUUAUUUGUUAGUUUUUACGUGUGUAUAGGAAUGGUGAGUAUUGAUUGGGCCAUCAUUUCAAUCAAGCAAGUAGAUGCUAAGUUGAAUUAUAUGCUGCUGUAAAUUGGAACUGUCUACUCUAAGUGCCUUUACUUAGGAAAAGCCAGUACCAGAUCAUGGCUUCCUUCUUUGCUCAAAGGCUGCUUUGCUCAGAGUGGUGAAAUAGUGGUUUUUGUAGAAACAUUGCCUUUCAUUGUUCUUUCUGUAUCUGCCCACAAUGCCUACUGUCUCUUUGGUGAAAUAUUAAAAAAAAAAAUGUAAGCUCUCA